GCACACAACCUGCCAUAAUAAAACACGGCACGACAUUACCAGAAGCCACGAUUCCUUCAUCGUCGAACUUACAAACAAAACCAAUUUUCUUUUGACAGUCACCGAAUUUAAAUCAAAAGCAAAGCAAAGUCUCCAAAAUGUCUUCGCGAGUGCUGCGCAAGCUUCAGGGCGACACCGGACUGCCUGUCGGCGCCGAGAGCGACCCUGAAAAAGAAGAAGAGGAGGACGACUUGUUGGCGGUGGCUACGGGCGGAGGUGCCAAAAAGAAGCAGUUCAACGUCAAUCGAUAUGACCUGCUGAAUCAGCAGUCAUUGUCGGAAUCGGAAGUGAAAGAGGACGACGACAACGAGACCGAACCGACACAGGAUCAAGACGGCGCCGACCCUUGCGACAAGGGGGCCAAACGCAAGAAGAAAAAGAAGAAGAAGAAAGCCACGAAGCCUGCCUUUAAUCAAAGGAGCAGCGAAGAUAAUUUUGAUGGAGAUGAAAUUGACCAAGUCAACAGGUUGCUGGGCCCGGUCCCAUCUGCCGAGACUGCCCAAGCUGCAAUUGAAGUACAGCGGACCAAGGAAUUGCUCAGUAUUGAGAACAGAAAUCUCAAUCCAAAUAACGAGCUGAAGCGGAUUUUCGGAGUUAAAAUUGUGCAGUCGGAGCAGAGGAAAAAAUCAAGGACCAGAACUCACUUGCGAAACACCGGAAUUGUGACUCCAAAGGACACCUGGCCAAUGAUAGGAAAACAAGGAAUAACAAUGAGAUACUGUGAGCAAAAGGGUCAAGUCCAGAUUUUUUCUUACGAGCACAGCCCAGACUACCAGCAGGUGCAGAAAAUCUUCCUGCAGGCUGUCGAGAGUCUGAAUCCAGACAACGUCGUCUCUGUCAUUCACUCACACCCUUAUCACGUCGACGCUCUACUGCAGGUGGCCGAGCUUUGCAAAAUGAGUGAAGAUGUUCAAAUGGCCGCAGACUUGAUUGAACGGGCUCUGUAUGCCUUGGAACAUGCAUUUCACCCUCUCUUCAGUCUUGCUCAGGGCAACUGCAGGCUCGAUUACUGCAGACAGGAAAACAGGGCACUCUUCAUAGCACUCUUCAAACACCUGACCUUAGUUGGUCAACGUGCAUGUCACCGCACUGCUCUCGAGCUGAGCAAAGUGGUUUUAUCCCUUGACCCAGAGGGGGAUCCGCUGGCCAUGGUUCUGGUCAUUGACCUGUACGCCCUGAGGAGCAGGCAGUUUGCCUGGUUGGUCCGCUUGGCCGACGAGUGGGAAGCCUCGAGAAAUCUUAGUCAGCUUCCCAAUAUUGCAUACUCAACGGCUGUUGCUCGAUUCCACCUGGCGCAGCAGGGUGCUGUGGAAAUGGCCGAUGCAGACGCAGCCCUGCAGCUGGCGCUCAUCAUGUUCCCAGGGGUGCUUUCGCCGCUGCUUGAAAAAUGCUCUGUGCAGGUUGACCAAAAGGUGCUGGGUCACAACUUCUUCGGACCAAACUCACAAACCAGCAUGCCACCUGCACUGGCGCAGCUUGUUCAACUCUACGUAGCCCGUUGUUGGCCUGUGUGGAAAGAGCCUGAGCUUCUUCCGUGGUUAGAGAGAAACACACACGCAGUCUUAGCCCGUGUGGACAGCAAAGACCCUUUGGUCAGUGAGUGUGAUGGUCACAGACGCAGGCGCUAUCAGGGCAACCCACCAAGGAACAUAACCAGGCACAUUGUUCUAGCCGACUUGAAAGAAGUUCCACCCGUGAUUUCACAAAGUGAGGCAUCAGGCCCGGUGAUGAGUUUUGACCCUCUUCCACCUACAAACUCAAUCAACAUCUACGAGAGACCCAGGAGGCCGAGAGUGACCACUGUGGACAACGCAGGGGCCCUGACCCUUUUCUUCCGAUCGCUGCUACCGACAUUCAACGUGAACGAGCCACCUGGGGGUGAAGGGGCUGGUGCAGCUGCGCCGGCAGAGGAGGUGCAGUACGAGUUUGAGGGCGAAAACGAGGGUGGCGGAUUGGAGGUCAGGCGCAAUUUGGCCUCCCUGAUGGACAUGCUGAGGGACCUCUUGAGGAAUAUCCAACUUCCGGACGCUCCCGAUGCAAGGGGUGACGCAGACGUCGAUAGUUCUGGAGACGACGAACCAGGCAACGAGACGUAAACAAGAGCUGCUCUAAAAAAAAUAAUAAUGGUUGGGUGUUGAUUUUUAUCAAAGUAGAUCUCC